GUGACGAUGGUCACGCUCGGUGUCGUGCUCCUUAGCGCUACCGCCGCCAUGGCCGCUAUCGGCAUUGUCGAGAGACCGACACUGCGCACGGUGUGCCUCGACGGUGCCUGCGUGCAGUACCCGAACGGGACGCUCUUUCCCGUCGCGAACAGCACGGAGUGGGACGUCGUCGUCAAUUGCAGCUUGCCGUUCACAGACAUCGAGGCCUUGCCUGCCAACGCCACCAGCGUUGUCCUCGACAACGUCGGGCUCGAGCGCCUGCCGCACGACUUGCGGGUUGACUCAGCGGGCCGUGCCGUCCUCGCCCAGCGCUUAGCGUUCCCGAACAAUGCGCUCACAAGCCUCGAUCACGUUCAUCUGCCCGCAGGCACCACACAUUGGGACGUGCACGACAAUGUCAUUGCGACGCUCGGGGACCUCUCGAUGAACACGAACCUCGCGCACUUAGAUGUAAGCGGCAAUUCCAUCUCAUCGCUGGACGCGGUCAAGCUGCCGCCGUCGCUCCAAUAUUUGUCGCUCGCACGGAACCGCCUCUCGUCUCUGGGCGACAUUGCACUUCCUGCGACGCUGCGCACACUGAAUCUCUCGGGCAACCGCAUUGCGACAUUGGGCGGCAUUGUGCUCCCGCAACACCUCGAGGAUCUCGAUCUCUCGUUCAACAAACUUGGCAACGUAAGCCAACUCGUGUGGCCGUCACAGCUGCGGCGCUUAUCGCUGGCCAACAACGACCUGCGGGACAUGGCAGCAGCCUUUCCACCGUCCCUCACCUCGUUAUGCCUCUGUGGCAACCCUUCUCUGGUCUUGUACACCAGCGCAAGUCAGCUGGAGCACCUCGCAUCUCUUUUUGACGGCAACUGCUCGCAAGACGACGCGCGACGCAACGUGACCUGCCGUGGUGGCCAUGCGCCAGCCCGCGUGCUGCACACCAUCCCCCUUUGCCUCGUGGAGAGUGCUGCCGCCGACGUCAUCACAUUGACCGGCGCGCUGCAACCCACCGAGGGCACGACAAGCAGUGCCAGUCUCCUGCCCGUGGCGUGGGUCGCACUCGCGGUCGUGAGCGUGCUCUUGGCGAUUGCGAUCGCGGGCUGCUGCUGCUAUCGGCGGCGGUACCAACUGGCCAAGCGAAGCAAGCAAGUGUGGUUCUGCGAAGACCAGCCGUCGAGCGUGCUCAUGCUCGAGAGCCGCCCGACGGUCGGGUACGGCCUCCUCGCCAACGACAUUCGGUUCGAAGCCCGGUUCCAGUCGUGCUUUGUGCCGCCCAACACGAUCGUACGCGACCGCGUCAUUGCGCGCGGCGGCUUUGGCAUCGUGUACCUCGCGACCAUCUACCCGUCGCAGAAGCACCGCAUGCCGCCGCUGCGCGUGGCCAUGAAGCGCGUUUUGCCGCAGUUCGCCGACGACCUCGGGCGCAUUGAAGACUUUAUGCUCGAGAUCGACCUUGGCGCGCGCCUCUGCCACCCCAAGAUUGUGACCUUUGUCGGGAUCACGUGGACAACGCUGUACAACAUCUCGUCGCUCACCGAGUACAUGCCGAAUGGCGACGUCUGGAGCCUCCUCGAGCGCAGCAAGAGUGAGAUCGUAUUGCCAUGGAACGUCCUGAGCGCCGCGGCCUUGCCGAUGCCCAGCGACGAGAAGGCCCUCCCGCGCCUCACAGUGAGCGACGUGACCGAGCUCUCGAUAUUCACCGAGUACGACCCGUGCUGCCCGGUGUCCAAGGUGUCGAUCCUCGCCGACAUGGCCGACGCGCUCGCCUACCUCCAUUGCCUCCACCCGACCAUCGUCCAUCGCGAUGUCAAGACCAAGAACGUGCUCCUCGAUGCCAACUGGGUCGCCAAGCUCGCUGACUUUGGCGCGAGCCGGAGCUACGGCGACAGCGACCUCGUCAUGACGGCCGAGAUUGGCACCGUGCCAUGGAUCGCACCCGAAGUGCUCAAAGGCGUCCGGUACAGCGAAAAGGCCGACAUCUACUCGUUCGGCGUCGCCAUGUCCGAGGUCGACCUCUGCAUCGUACCCUACUCGAACGUGGCCAUGUGCUCGCCCGACUCGCAGGUCUCGCUGACGAUGGCCAAGUCCCGCGUCGCCGUGCUCGUCACGACGGGGCAGCUGCGCCCGUCCUUCUCGCACACGUGCCCGCCUGCCAUCUUGGACAUUGCUCGGCGCUGCCUUGCCUACUACCCCGAGGACCGCCCGAGCGCGGCCGAGCUCCGCGCCUGGUUCCAGCGCCUCAAGCCCGCGUCGUCGACGGCUGCAUGAGACCGCGUAUUUAUUAGUCAUUCCCAACCGCCCCAUAUUACAUAUUGAUAUUCACAUAUUGAGUGCGCAGGGGAUGCCAAUAUGAUAUCACUUGGGCCGUGCCCCAUCC